UCAAUGUCAACUAAUGUCAAUAGCGAUGUAUCUGAUCGUCUUGCAUUGUUACAAUCUCUAGAAGAGAAAUCAUGUAAACUAGCAGAAACAUUUCAACAGCAGUUGGACAAGACGCGACAGCAGUUGGAACUGAUAUCAAACUCGACGGUCGAAGCAAGCUCAGUCUAUCGUCUGUCUACAAAAAAUUUAGCAUACGAACUCGACGAAAGCAUUGCAAAAACGCUUGAGCUUAUUACUCAUUGUGACGAGCUUGAUAAGGACUUGUCGCAGCUACAGGACUUAUCCAGACAAGUAAAAGCGGUGGACAAGGCUUUAAAUAAAUUACAGAAAGCACUAGGCCCACUCAAGUAGUUCAAGUUUACAUUAUACAAUAAUUUUAUACCUUUCUCAGUCCCUUUAUGCGUACUCAAAUUUGUUAUUUUUAAAAUUGAAUGCAAAAAAA